AGUAGAUCCUGAGAACGUACAGCUGCUGUUAAUCUUGUGUCAAAGGCCAAAUGAACGAAGAUCUGGUCGCUAACUACUAGCGUUUUCCCCGCCAAAAGUGUUUUUAUUAAUGUAAAUAGGCAUAGGGCCUAGACCUAGACCUAGGAAAACCAUCGAUAAAUUACAGCUGUUUACCAGGUUUACAGACAGUUGUUGAACAGGUUUAUGCAGAAGGUACAGUACAAGGAAGGAUUCAAGAAUGGAACUGAAUGACCUUGAUAAUCGGAUCAGUUUUAUAGAUGAUGGUACCGGUAAUUCACAUAAAGAUGACAACCUGGUUUGUUCAGAAUUGCCUCUGGCAGAAAGGGUAGCAUUAAAAAUUCAGGGUAUAUCUGACCAGCCUAACAAUGAAGCCUUAAUGAAGAAAGAACCGAGUCGGUGCAAACGAAAAAAAUCUGCGCAAGAGGAUGCUUUAGAUGCUUUUAAUUACUGGCUCUCUGAAAACUCUGCAAAGGAAAAUAAUGUUAUUGUUAGUUCAACAGAAAAUACAGAAAAUGAAUUAAAAUCUGGGUCAGAUCACACAAAAAUAGAAGAUAAAAUAAAUGAUGAAUGUAAUGCUAUAAAACCAAGUGAUCAUCAGGGUCAUGGGAGACACAAGACCCACAGACACAAGGAAAGACAUAACAGAGAUAAACAUGCAUGCCUGUCUGAAUCUCCAACAUUCCCUAAAAGUUUGUCUUCAUAUUCAAAUUCUAGGAAGUCCAAAAGGAAAGCAACUAGUUCUGGUCAUAAAAGACGUUAUAUUGACAUCGAUGAUGAUAUUGCGUAUAAACCCCAACAUGACAAAGAUAACCUGUCAGAGAAAAGUGGUUCUAAAUUUCACUCACCACAAAAGUUAAUACCUGAGAAGAUUAAUAUCACUCAAAAACAAGAUGAUGAUGAUGAUGUUAUAGAAAUAUGUAGCAAUACUUCUAACGACGUUAGCCCUAGACGGAGGAGGACUCGGGUCAAACGGGGUAAGAAAUCCAGACCAUCACCUACCCCCUUGCCUUGCACACCUGGGGGCACGUUUGGCCGGCCAGCCUCACCUGCAACAAUGCUACUGCUGAAGCAACUUGAAGAUGAUGAGAUGAUGGCUCGUCGGUUGCAGCAACAAUUUGAUGCUGAAGAAGUAGUAAAUCAUCAUCAGCAGCAGGGGCCACCUCUGUUGCCUUCAUUUGAACCAGUAGCAGGAGUUUCCCAUAGACCAAGAGACCACAGUAGAUAUACCGGUAACCGACGAUAUCCACUGAUACAACACCAUGCCCACAGCGAUGCUGCAUGGAACCUUGCUCAAUCUCCAUUGAACUAUAACGUUAGCCCACCUACGUUCGAUCAAUUCAACAGGCUACAGCCAGUACAUCAUCAAUUGUUACAAAGUUAUAUUACCAUGAUAAAUACACCUACAAGACCAAGAGGAAGGGUUAGAAGACGGGGUACACGCUCAAGAAGGUACUCUGAUGAAUUUGAGGGAGAGGAAAAUGGCAAUAAUUAUGAGACUCUGAUGGCCCUAGCUGAGAGGCUAGGCCCUGCAAUUGAGAAGGGAUUGAGUGCCAUAGAGAUAAGCCAGUUGCCAACCUUUCUGUACACCCCUGACAGUAAAUUACAGAACAGAUCCUGCAGUAUAUGUAUGGCAGAUUAUGAGACUGGCGAUAACCUCCGAAAGCUACCUUGUUUCCAUGACUACCAUGACACUUGUAUCGACCAAUGGCUUGUGAAAAAUCCAGCAUGUCCAAUAUGCAGAGUUGAGGUACAGAUUCAGUGAUGUUUUGAGUAACUGUGUGGUUCCUGAUAGUAUCAAGGAGUUAAGCAUCAUCAAGUUGGACAUUAACAUGGAAUGCCUAUAAUGUUUUUAGUAAAACGUUGCGUUCCCAUCGGGAACAUAAUUUAUUAUGAUCACUGUUUAUCACCAGUGAGGUUCAACUCUAUACCACAGUUACUACUGUCAUGGUUGGCUCUGUUGAAAUGGUGGAAGAAAACUGUACAACAAUAACACAAGCAAUGUUACUGGGUUUCCCAAGCCUAGUCCAGACUAUCAAAUUUUGUUUGACAGAAACAUGUGACCUGCCAAAUAUGGUCGUGAUGACAUCACAUCAUGACGCUAUAUAGACAUUUCCUUGACAGUAUAUGUGGCAAAGACCAGCCAAAUCAGUCACUCAUCACAAAUUGUUUUUCGAAGAUAAUGGCCAAAACAUGUUGGAAUGUCAACAUUUUCAAAAUCUAUUUUAUUGUACUAAACUAACCAUAUAUAUAUAUAUAUCUAUACAUCAUGUCGGCGGCGGAUCUAGGGAUGCAAAAUAGACAGGGAUCGGGGAAGUAAUUUCACAGAUGGAGGAUCUAUACCACCUCAGGCCCACCAUGGUUGAAGCUGAGCUAAGAAAAUUUAUAAUUAUGGCACCUCUAGAUGGCAAGAAAUUGCACUCUCAAUUUCAAUAUAAUUUUUUUAUAUGCCAUUUUUUUAAAUUUUGAACAUUAGAGGGAGGGAGGGGGUGUGGUUUGUUUUCAAUCCAGCACUGCAUGCUAAUGUUUUUAUUUUCCCCAUUUUUGAUCUUAAAACACUGGUUAUUUUUUACAAUUUGGUGAGGGUCCCUGCCUAAGAAAUGUCUGAAAUCGUAAAAUUUGAAGGCUGAUUUGUUAAAUACUGUUAUUUUACUGCUAAACCCUGUGGUAAUACUAAAAAUUCUGGAAAACACUGUUUAUUUCCAAAUGGAAAUGUGUGGAAACAUAGAAAAAAUGAGCAAAGGAUUACAUCUGAAAUCAGAAUGCAUAACUGAAAAACACUAUUACAAUUCUUGUUUCAAAAAUUUCAUAAAGGUAUCUAAUGCCCUAUUCAGUAUUGCCUUCAUUUUUUUAUUUUGGGUUGCAAUACAGGUAGUUACAAUUGCUGCAACUAUCGCAACCCAAAAUAACAAAUUUGCAUUUCAGUGAUAAAGAUUUAAUUAAUCUUAAUUAUUCUAUGGCCAAAGAAAAAUGUGUAGCCCAGGCAUAGUGAAAUUUUGAAACUGGGGUCAUUUAAAACUUUUGGAAAAUAUAAUUGAAGUGAAUAAACUAUUAUGUGUACAGUUGAAUAUAAUUUGUAUUACAUAUUUUGGCAUAAAUAAUGUUAAAGAUACAUUUAAUCGUAUGACUUCCCAGAAUUUAAUUACAAUAGACUGCAUACUUGGUACUUUAUGAGACUUAAUAUAGGUUAUUGUGAAUAAAAACCAUGGCUUCUUUACAAACCAAUUCAAUUUCAUCCCUUACCCCCAUUGACAAAUUUUAUUUUCUGCCCAUUUAGAUGUCUGCUUCAAAGCCCAUUAGUGUUUCAUUAUUUGUAACUUUCAGAUUCUACCUCAAGUUCGACUCAUAUAGAAAUAUAGGCAACACAGAAACCAAAGAAGAAUCCAAUCAAGUUGUUUAAAGUUCAAAACUAACCAUAAACCAGGGAAGUAGUAAUUCGAUUUCGUUACUUCACGCGUAUUCUAACUACAGGCUUGUUUAGAUUAAAUUUGGAUUCUGAAACUGUUAUAGUGUGUAGUCCGCCCUCUAUCAUAGUUUUGUUGAGUUUCUAAUCGAACUUUUUUUUGUCUUGGAAAUGUGUAAAUAAUACCAGUUGUUAUCGUGUUUGUAGUCUAACGCAAUGCUAUUUUCUAGCAAUUACACAGUCAUUUGUUAAAUAAAUAUUUGGUGCCUUGUAAA